AUGAGCACACCCGCCCAGGCAGAUAUCCCGCAGGAGUACAUCAACAACGAGAACCCGUUUGCAUACAUGAGUGGAUACUUCGAGAACCCGUUUCUGGACCCCGAGGUCAGGCUCCAGCUCAAUGCUCUGCAGCAGAUACAGCCUAAAUUCAUUCCUCUUGGAAUCAACGGCAGAAUACUCAAGACAGAGCAGGCUGCUAAAACUAAGGCCAUAGCAGAAUCCCAGAUAGAGAAGCUGCUUGACAAGGGAAUGGAGCUAGUGGGCAGCACUGACCUGCCGAGAGAGGAUGCUCUAAGAAACAAUGCAGACAACCCAGAGGUUCUCGACAUUCUGAUCAGCAUAAACAGGCUACGGUUACUCAGUAACCAAGAAAGACUCAGAGAAAAGGUUUACUGUGUGCUGAAGAACAUGAUUCCAUCCGACAUGGUCAGCUCGAUCGACUACUCUUCAUCGAUAGACGAAGACUAUCUCUCAGAUGCGAUGGAGUAUGAGGAGCUGGAAAGAAAGUCUGCCCAGGCCAAGAUGCCGGCAUCUGCAAGGGAUUAA